GUAGGGAGAUGGACGAGUACAUAGGAGAGAGAUGAGAGGUGAUGGAGUAUGUCGGCCAAAUUUGGAUUUAUCUUGACGAAAGAUCAACGUGGCGCCCGUGCCCCAACGAGACACUAGCAGCCAAGUAGGAACUCCUGUGUCCUACCCCUCUCUCUCUUUCUCUCUCCAUUUCUCUAUAUUUCUUCCUUUCUCUUCCUUUGUUUCUUUCUCUCUCUAUAUAUAUUAUAUAAACAAACCAUGGUGUCAAGGGCAACCGUUCUGGCCUUAUGCGAUUGAAACGACAUAUUCUUUCCGACCUCUUUUACACCAAAAAACUUCAUUAAAACAUGGAGGGGGAGUGCUGUUCAAGUUCCAGCUCCACUUCCCCCACUACAACCACCGAGAAGCGCAAGCACAGGCAACAACAAGACAAACCUUAUAGAGGCAUAAGGAUGAGGAAGUGGGGUAAGUGGGUUGCUGAGAUUAGAGAACCCAAUAAACGGUCUAGGAUUUGGCUUGGCUCCUACUCAACGCCUAUCGCCGCCGCACGUGCCUACGACACCGCCGUUUUCUACCUUCGAGGCCCUUCCGCGAGGCUUAAUUUCCCCGAUUUGAUAUACCAAGAUGACGAACUACGGGACAUAUCUGCUGCUUCUAUUCGCAAGAAAGCCACUGAAGUUGGGGCUCAGGUGGACGCCCUGCAGCAAACAGGACUCCAUGCAUCAGAAAACAACUCCAACCGAGUAGUCUCAGAGAAACCUGAUUUGAACCAGUAUCCGACCCCAGAAAAUUCCGAUGACGAGUAAACAGAGUAUCGUUGAUUAGUUAGUAAUUAAGAACUCCUUGUAAUCAUUUUAUGUUUUAUUUAAUCUUUUUUUUUUAUGAUAUAAUUCGCUUAACUAGCCAGCCAGCCGCCAUACGUGCCUGGGAAAAUUUCACAAAGGAAAAUUGAGGGGUGUGUUUAUAAAGAUUUUAAAAGAGAAAUAGAUAUGAGAAGGAUUCUAUUUCGACCUGGGUAAUGAAACGGAAGCAAGUCUCCUCUAUCAGUUUGUAAUAGAAAUGGUUAAAAGCAGCAAGAUAGUUUCUUUUAGUUAGUUAAGCCAUCAAGUUUAAAUCUGUGUUUGUCUUGUAGUAGCAUUAGCAGUUGUAUUGUUGAUUCUCUUAUUGUACGAUUCCAAUAACAUGGUUUGGAAAAUUAUAUGA